GAGGAGAGGGGCUUAUCAAAGUAUAUAAUGAGUAAUGAGGUCGACCCGAUCCCUCACUUGUAAACCACACCACACACAUUCUAGCUACCAAUUUCUCUCUGUCUCUCUCUCUCUCGCCAAAAGCACACACUCUAUCUAUCUCUCGCUAUCUGGGUAUGUGCAACCCAAACAAAGAAUAAAUAAGAAAUGUAAUAACAGGGCAGGGAGGGGAUAUAUGAUUGUUUCUGUGCAUUUAUAUAUCAUCAGAAGCUGCCAUUUUGGCAAUUCCUCUAUUAUGAAUGUGGCAUUCCCAAUGAGAUGAAGUAUGUAUGUGGAUGAAACUACUGUUCACCUAUAUAGUUGGGAGGCACUCAGAGAAGUGAGAGGAUAAUCAGCCAAGUAGCAGCAGCAGCCAGCAAGAAUAGCAGCAAAGCAACCAGUCCACCACAAAUAUGUGAAGGGGGCACGUAGGUAGGUAGAGAUCGAUGAUGGGGAGAACUCCAUGCUGCAAUGUGGAUGGUUUGAAGAAAGGAGCGUGGACCAGUGAGGAGGACCAGAAGCUUAUCGCCUACAUUCAAGAGCACGGCGAGGGAGGAUGGCGGACUCUCCCUCAGAAAGCAGGGCUCCAGAGGUGCGGGAAGAGUUGCAGGCUGAGAUGGGCCAACUACCUGAGGCCGGACAUCAAAAGAGGGGAAUUCAGCCCCGAGGAAGAAGACAGGAUCAUUGAGCUGCAUGCCUCCCUUGGCAACAGGUACCCGCCCGCCCGUGAAGGUAAAGAGAAAAUCCCGACGAUUAAGACCUUGUCUUCUUCCUUCCUUCCCCUCCUGACGUGGUCCGCCAUUGCCAGACAUCUUCCCAGGCGAACUGACAACGAGAUCAAGAAUUAUUGGAACACGCAUCUCAAGAAGCGCCUCUUGGAAAAGGGCAUCCAUCCAACCACCCACAAGCCCAUCAGCCCCACCGCGGGGUCCUCCUCUUCCUCUGACGACGCCGUUCCGUCCCUCUCCGGCAACAACACUCCAACCGCACCACCUGCUGCUGGACAAGAACAACCGCAACUUGUUCCUGCUCAAGCCCACGUGUCCUCCUCCUCCUCCUCCUCCUUUCCCGCUUCGGCUUCGGCUUCGGCUCAGCUCCUCAACAAGCUAGCCGCCAAACUCGCUCCUCCUCCUCCUCACGCAUCAAGCCGCUUCAGCGCCGAACAGGAAGAUGAAGUAGAAGAGGGAGCAAACGGCGUCGUGGAAGACGACGCUCCCACUAAGCCGCGACGUCGCCCCGCGUCAUCCAGCUCAUCGGCGAAGCUGCUCAACAAGAUGGCCAGCCGGCUGGCCCACCCUCUGCACUGCCUCAACACCCUCAAGUCCAUCCUCUCCUCCGCCGCCGCCAGCGACCGUACCAAUCUCAUGAUGCACCGAAGUGCCUCCGCGUCCAGCCUGUCGGAGAGCACCGCGGCCACCACGUCCAACAACGACCUCCCGGCGCAAACGGCGUCGUCUAAGCCUGACCAGCUGGCCUUCCUCGAGUCCUUGGAUCUGGACGUUCUCAAUGAUUGGCACGACCCGCAACAGUACGACCCUCUAAUAAUGGACUUCCUGGCCGACAGCAUUACCAGCAAAGAGAAACAAGAGCAGCCUUAUCAUUAUUACGAGGAAGAUUCUUCGCUGCUCCCAUCCCUUUAUGGCUCCCACGCCGCUCUGCAUUCCCCUGCCUAUUUCCACGACGCGUUCCGAGCACCGGCGGAGGAUGAGCACAACUUCAUGGAUUUCGAUGGUCCCUCGACGUCGGCCAGUAGGAACAACGAUCCGGCGGAUGAUCCUCAUUGCGGUGGUGGUUACGUAGUCGACAACCAGGUGGCUGCUGAUGAUGCGUAUGGCCAUCAUCAGUUUGAAUAUCAGCAUGGAGCUGGAGGAUUAUUGGACGGUGAUGAUGAGCAUGGCAGGACUCUCUUCAAUCAUUACGGUGAUUUCCGUGUCGACGCGGCUUCCUUUUUUUGAGUUUUCUUUUCUGCUUUGUGGAUUUGCCUUUUUGGGCAGACCGGACAAUAAUAAUAAUAAUUAAAUUAAAGGUUGUAAUACCCCGAGAGUUAUGCGCUGACCAGACCGGCCGCUACCUAGCCUAGCCUAGCUGGCUAUCUAUCUCACUAGCUACCUACCACUUUCCGCGGAUUGAUCCGGCAGAUGUACUAAAUUGCUUAUAUGGUUAAUAAAAAAAAUUGAAAAUUCAAUGUGAAGAAGGAGCAUGCCUAUAUGGAUUGGUG